GUGCCAAUCCCUAAGGAUUCCAAACGAAGUAGAACAAAGUAAAUUCACAGAUCAAGGGAUAAAGAAAAUGGAUAGUCUUCAUAGCUGCAAGAUCCUAGGUCAACGGUUUGCUUGGUUCUUCUCUUCUUGCAUUAUUUUUUUAUAAAAUUUCUGUGUAUCCCAUCUGCUAAACCCCGACGAAGAAGGGAUUCUUCCCGCUCUCCAAUGGUGUUCGUUUCAUUCAGUUUCUCCCACUCUACUCCACCGAAACCCCCAUUUUUCACGCGACCCCAGAGCUUUAUUAUUAGAAAUUCUCAAGUUUUUCCUCAAAUUUGUUAUUACAGAGUUCGAAUUCCAUGGAACCCUCUCCUCUUCUGAUGAAGCUGAUUUUUUCAUUUCUUCUUUGGCUGAGCUUUGUUCCACACUUCUUCGUCACUCGAGUUCAUCUCUGCGAUGAGACAGCUAAGUAUGAUAUCAUGGUGAAAGGAGUAGAAAUAUCUCCCAGCCCCAUAGUUAGGGGUCACCCAACAAAUAUGACCUUAAAUCUAAUCAUAGGUAAGCCAAUCAUUGCAGGAAAAAUGGUAGUUGAUAUUUUAUAUUUCGGAUGGCACGUAUAUAGUGACAGCUAUGACAUUUGUGUUGAGACGUCCUGCCCUUAUACGUCUGGUGAUUUUGCACUUGCCCCAUUUCAAACGCCUCUGGCAUUCUUUGUACCUGGUUCAUAUCAUAUGCAGAUAACCAUUAUUGAUGGACAUGAUAAUAAACUAACAUGUUUUGGCUUUGAUUAUGAAUUGGUGAUUGCAUCACUAUUCGGACAUAGCUAAGAGCUUUUAUUUAUUGAUUACUCAGCUAUUGAUGUUUGUACAUAUAAACCCUUGUAAAGCUCUGUCAUCUUUAGAUCCUUGUUCGUUCCUUGGGCAGACAACUUUUGCACUAUGACCAUUUGAACAACUUAUUCAGGAGAAUUGAGUUGUGAAAAUUGCCAAAAAAAAACUCGGGUUAUUAGAGAGUACCAUACUACUUAUCGUCAUUCUCACGUGGAUUACUUUGUUUUUCGUAGAUACAAAAUGGAAAGAGUAACAAUUAAGUUCUAAAAUAAGUUGUACUAUCUGAGCAAAGGUUCAAGUUUUUUCUUUAUGCUUGCUUUAAUAUGAUCAUCAUUGAUGUAUACAUGUUUCUUCAAAUAGUAUAUUUGAAUCAUUGUACUUCAUAUUGAUGCAUUAUUUAUAUUUUUCUUGGGCUGAAGAUUGUAAGACUCUUGUUAGAUCAGGAACCACGAAAGUACGGUAAAGAAUACAUCUCCAUUGGUAUGAGGUCUAAACCAAAAGCAAAACUACGAGAACUUAUGCUCAAAGUGGACAAUAUCAUACCAUUGUGGAGAGUCGUGAUUCCUAACAGAAAGUACUGUAGAAUAGAUGUAGCUAGUUCGGUAAUCCACCAAAGUUUAUGAACAGCAUAAGCAUGCAUUGUCCCUCGACAAACCACGAAGCUUGUCGAAAAUGGCCACGAAGGUUCCUUUCUCAUAUACCAAAUCAUGAUGGGGUGGGUGGUUUAGCCUCUGCCAUUGACCCUCUUCACUUUGCUGCUUUUCUCAUGAGCAUACACCAAAUAGCCUCCACUUUCUAGCUAUAUUGGAAUCCAGAACUGAAAUUUGAACUGCUAUUUAGUGAUGUGAUGACAAGAAGAAACAGAUGAAGGAAGGAUAUGAAGGGAAGGCUGCUGAAGAAAAUGAAACUCUACCCUUCCAUUAGCUCUUUAAAACAACGCAUUUCUCUUCUAUCAGACCCCACUGAGAAAACUUGUAGCCAUUUAUGUGAAACCCCACCAGUUUUUCAAGAACAAAUUUCCAAGAACAGCAGCAGCAACUUCAGGGUGUCCCUGCCAGUAGUAGAAUGUAGCACCAUAUCCCAACACGUUAAAGAUUUGAAAGACGCAGAAUCUGAACUCGAGAUUAGCUUUAGCGACCGAAACCAUCCCGGUCCGUUCAUAAAAUCUGAGGAAAUCUUGGCUGCCAAGAAAAAUUCGGAGGCUCCAUGUCUAUCAGGAAGAAUCACCAUGGAACCAAGGGGUUGGUUCCAAGUGAAGGUAGACAGUCAUGAAGAACGCUCAUCUUUACUAGACUUUGAAGAGAGAUGUCCACCAGGAGGAAGCGAAUCCGUUAUAUUUUACUCGACGAGCUUGAGAGGUAUUAGGAAAACAUUCGAUAAAUGUAACGGUAUUCGGUUCCUGCUCGAAAGUUUCAAAGUGUUGUUUAUGGAGAGAGAUGUGUCGAUGCACUUGGAAUUCAGGGAGGAGCUGUGGGAUGUCUUGGGGGCUAAGGUGAUCCCUCCACAGCUUUUUAUUAAGGGAAGGUACAUUGGAGGAGCAGAGCAAGUGGUAGGCCUGCAUGAGCAAGGCAAGCUAAGGAAACUGCUGGAUGGCAUACCAUUAGACUUGGCUAAUUCUCCAUGCUCUUGCUGUGCAAACACCAGGUUUCUGGUGUGCCCAAGCUGCAAUGGUAGCCGUAAGGUUCUUAAAGACAACCACGACCACGACCACGACAACAGCUUGUAUAUUAGAUGUCCUGAUUGCAAUGAAAAUGGGUUAGCCAAAUGCCCCAUUUGCUGCUGAAAUCACUAUAAUCUUCU